AUGGGGAUUGCGAAAUACAAUACCAAAUGCCAGCUCCGCGUUCUCAUCGGCGUCAACUACCCGCGCCACAUCUCAAACACGGCGCUGUACACCCGUUGCACCGCCGAGUCACUGCGUUGCCGCCUGCUCCGCUCCCGCUGGGGCCUCCUUGGCCACAUCCUCCGGUGCCCCGUCGACACCCGGCCUACAAGUCCAUGCUCCGGUACUUCAGCUUUUCCGUCGCUGAUCUUUGGCCCGGCCGCCCCAUCACGUCGCUGCCUCGCAUCCUCAACUCUGAUCCCAAGACCGUCCCCGACGAGCUCCAGCGCCUCACCUCGCGUCCUCAACUCUGAUCCCAAGACCGUCCCCGACGAGCUCCAGCGCCUCACGUGCCUCGCCGACCUGCAGACCCUUCGCUCCACCCCACGAACAGGAUCCGGUGGAAAGUACUGA